CUUUCAAAUUUUUCAGUUCUGCAGACGACUGGAUUUUGAGAUUUCAACCAGAUAUAGGAAUCUAUACAUGCUUCAGUUUGCGUGAAGAUUCAAGAUAAGUUGAUUGACUUUCGCAUUCGAGUAUGUUGUGCUACUUCUUAAAAGUGAGAAAAUGUAAACGUCAAUACACAAAGUAAAUAUAAAAGUUAAAACUGAGAAACAACACGCGUAAAGAAGUGUUAUGUAAAUUAAAAUUAAAAUUUGUUGUUACAUUCUCUGUAUGAAAGGAGAACGCUAUGUAUGUUAAACAUACAUUGUAAAUAUUCCAGUAUAGGUUUAUUCUAAACGUAAAACAUGUUUACUAAUAAGGUUAGGUUUAUUUUGAAACAAAGUGUUUCGUAUAAAAAUAUUAAUAAAUCGUGCAAUCUUCUAAUAAUUGAUAAUAUCAAUAAUUCUGAAAAAUGUUCAGUCCGAAAUAAUUUUAUAUACCUUCCGCGCGAGAGGGAAAAAAUCAAGAAAAGCUAUCCACUUUUAUUCAUCAUCCCUUGCUUUGUCACUGGUAUUAUUGCUUGGAAAAGAAUGAGACAAAAAUAUUUGUCUACGGUCAGUGCAGCUGAAAUGAUCACCAAGGAGGAAUCGAACGAUGAAAAUAAAAACGAUCAAUUGAUAGACGAAGAAGACAAAAAGAAAAAAAAGAAGAAAGAAAGAAUUGGUUUCCGUGAUCGGAAGAUAAUAGAGUACGAAAAUCGUAUAAGACAUUAUUCCACCCCUGACAAAGUAUUUCGUUAUUUUGCUACUCUGCAAGUGGUCAACAAUGACAUCCAUGAAAUCUUCAUGACGCCUGAUGACUUUUUAAGAUCAAUAACGCCUGGUAUUAAACAACCGGACGGGCUUGGUUUGGACAAAUAUAAACGCUAUGACCCUAAGAAUAUUCACACAAAACUGGAAAAAGAAUUGGCUUUAGAUGAGGAUAGUAUCUUUUACAAACUUGGAAGUGCUGGUUUAAUUAGUUUCUCUGAUUAUAUAUUUUUGCUCACUGUAUUAUCGACUUCCAGGAGACAUUUUGAAAUCGCCUUCAGAAUGUUUGAUUUUAAUGGCGAUGGUGAUGUUGAUUCUGAAGAAUUUGGAAAAGUCGCUACGUUAAUUCGACAACAAACGAGCAUUGGAAAUCGACAUCGUGAUCACGUUACUACUGGCAAUAUGUUCAAGGGUGUUAAUUCGGCAUUGACUACAUACUUUUUUGGUCAAAAUAUGAAAGGAAAGUUGACUAUUGAAAAAUUCUUGGAGUUUCAACAGCAAUUGCAAAGAGAAAUACUUAGUUUAGAGUUUGAGAGAAGGAAUCCUGAUGAAAAUGGUCGAAUAACUGAAGUAGAUUUCACAGAAUUAUUGCUUGCAUAUGCUGGAUAUCCAGACAAAAAGAAAGCAAGAAUUAGGAAAACUGUAAAAAAGCGUUUUAAGGAUAAUCCAAAGGGAAUAGAUAAAGACGAAUAUUUAAAAUUUUUCCAUUUUUUAAAUAACAUUAACGACGUAGAUACAGCAUUAACGUUUUAUCACAUAGCUGGGGCAUCAAUUGAUCAAGCUACCUUAAAACAUGUAGCAAAAACAGUGGCUCAUGUUGAUCUUAGUGACCAUGUAAUACAAGUUGUUUACACAAUUUUUGACGAAAACAUGGAUGGUCAAUUGAGUAACAAAGAAUUUGUUGCUGUAAUGAAGAAUAGAGUUUUAAGAGGAUUAGAGAAGUCAAAGGAUACUGGUUUUGUCAAGCUAAUUGAAUCAGUAGUAAAAUGUUUAAAAGUCUAUAAUAUGCAUUUUGAUAAUUAAAACACAAGAGAAUUUAAGAGAAUAAUAUGUAUUAAUUGUUAAUAAUUAGUAGAUUAAAUAAAGAUUGUGUGCGUAAA